UAGUCGUGACUCGUGACUAGUUCUUCUUCUGUGGAAUCACAAGUGUCACUCAAGACGCGCCAGUUAAAAAAAGCUUCUUCCAACGUGACGUUCGAAUCCACGAUUCCACGACCUCACGGCCAGCUGCGAUCCAUGCUUCUGGUUUUUUCUGGAUUCUCCUUCUGCUCUUUUCUGAUGAAACCUUCCCUCCGAUUCUUCAUGGUUUCCCUAUAAACAAUGUAUAGACUAAGGUAAGGUGUUCUCCGAUCUCACAUUUCUAUAACCAACUCUGUCGAACUUCUCUUUUGUCUCUCGCAUGGCGGCGCUUCGGUGCGAAGAGGAUCCAGACCUCUACAGCAUUUCAGUGAUUUCUGAAAGAGGGAAUACUAAUCCCGAGUGCCCCUCACAAUUUUCUUUAUUGAGCGUCUUAGAAGUUCCUUAUGCAUCUGAAAGUGAAUCAAGCUUGGAUAAUGAUUGGAAUAGCAUGAACUGUGUCAGUUUUCAGAUGGAAAGUGCAGAUAAAUUUUCCUCAUGCAGUGUGGAUAUAGAUGUAGAGGUGGAAAAUCUGGCAAAGCCUGAAGCAGAAGAAAAAACUGUUCAUUGCUCAUUAAAAUCUGAGAGUGCUCUAACUAGUACGUCUCAGAGAAAGAUUAGCGUACAGAUAGGUGGCAAAAUCAUGCAGCUUUUACUGAAUUAUAGCCCAAUUUUACUGAAGCCCACUUCAAGAGCAGACAAAUUAGUGACUGAGGGAGCUAUUGAUAUACCUAAUAGCAGAUGGCGAAGAUAUAAGCGUGCAGCAUCGCUAGACUCGAGAAAAGUGGUUAUCUUUUUCUCAGUACUGUCGAGCAUGGGAACACUGUUGUUGAUAUACUUGACACUUAAGAGUGAAACAAAUUGGUGAUGGGCUAGUUCAUGCCUAGUGGUUGUUUCUCAUGUUUGUUUCUCACCUGUGUGUGUCUAGUGUCUGUGCGGGUGUAUAUGUGCGCGUGCUAUUUCAUGUACAUAUUCACAGUUUGAGGCAGUGGCCUCUGUUCUGCAACACUUGAAUGUUUCUCAUUAGUUGAAUCUUUUCUUUUAUGGCCCUA